UCUUCUCUCCGUUGGCUGUUGCCCCGUUCUGUCUUUUGAACGGGUACAUCGGAGAUCGGACGCUUGAGCUGAGGCGGCAGACAUGGCUCCCAACUACGACACCUUUACUGUUGCUGACUCGGCCUGGUGGGUGUUCACUCUCCCGGCCGCCGUUAUCGGUGCCGACUCAUUCGGCUGCGGCACCGGGCUUUUCCUGCUUUCAAUCUUGGUCGCGGGUGUCUCACUCAGCCUUCUCUCCUGGGCCCUGUCCCCCGGCGGGCCUGCCUGGUUGAACGGCCGUAACCGCCGCGGAGUCGUUCCUAUCCCUGGCCCCUACGGCCUUCCUGGCCUUGGAUCCCUCCUCACCCUUGCCUGCUCACUCCCUCACCGCCGCCUCGCCGCCAUCGCCUUCUCGUUACGCGCUAAGUCCCUCAUGGCCUUCUCCAUCGGCGCCACUCCCGCCGUCGUUUCGUCCGAUGCCACCGUCGCCCGCGAGAUUCUUUCCCACCAGGCCUUUGCCGACCGCCCGAUCAAACGAUCCGCCAGAGAACUCAUGUUCGCGCGUGCCAUCGGGUUCGCCCCCAGCGGCGCCUAUUGGCGUCUCCUGCGCCGCAUUGCCUCCGCCCACCUCUUCGCCCCUCGCCGCAUCGCCGCCCACGAGCCCGGCCGUCAGGCGGACUGUGCCGCCAUGCUCGCUGCCGUCUCCGCCGAGCAACGGCAGCUCGGAUACGUCCACUUGCGCACCCACCUACAGAACGCGGCUCUCAACAACAUUAUGGGAAGCGUCUUCGGUCGGCGCUACGACGUGUACCGUCCCGGCGGCGACUCGGAAGCGGAGGAGCUCAAAGCCAUGGUCAGGGAAGGGUUCGAUCUCCUCGGCGCCUUCAAUUGGUCCGACCAUCUACCUUGGCUUCCAUCGCUUUUCGAUCCCUGCAAUGUCAAGCGUCGCAGUGCCGCCCUCGUGCCCCGCGUCCGCCACCUGGUGCGCGGCAUCAUCUCCGAGCAUCGCUGUCGUAUGCCGAACAUCGGUCAGGAUAACGCUGACUUCGUCGACGUGCUACUAUCCCUCGACGGCGACGAGAAGCUCGACGAAGACGACAUGGUCGCCGUCCUCUGGGAGAUGAUCUUUCGCGGAACGGAUACGACGGCGCUGCUAACGGAAUGGGUGAUGGCGGAGCUGGUGCUCCACCCGGAGUCGCAGGCGAAGCUCCGGCGAGAGGUCGAAAGCAUCGUCGGUCGGACCUCCAUCCCCACGGACUCGGACUUGUCGCGGAUGCCGUUCCUCCAGGCGGUGAUCAAAGAAACCCUGCGAGCCCACCCACCGGGCCCGCUCCUCUCCUGGGCCCGCCUCUCAACUGACGAUGUCCACCUCAGCAACGGGAUGGUAAUCCCCUCGGGCACCACCGCCAUGGUGAACAUGUGGGCCAUCACCCACGACGCGGCGGUGUGGGCCGACCCCCAAGUGUUCCGCCCCGAGCGGUUCGUACCGGCCGAAGGCGGCGCAGACAUCGACGUGCGCGGCGGAGACCUCCGCCUCGCUCCCUUCGGCGCCGGCCGCCGAGUCUGCCCUGGCAAAAACCUCGGCCUCGCCACGGUCGCGCUGUGGGUGGCUAGUCUGGUGCGCGGCUUCGAGUGGCUCCCUGCCGACGCUGCUCCGGUCAACCUCGACGAGGUGCUCAAGUUGUCCUUGGAGAUGAAGACUCCUCUGGCCGCAGUGGCCGGACCCUGCGGCCAGGGAGGAACAGUUUGAACUUCUUAUCGUACUUUGUGUAAGACUAUAGCAUAUUAGUAAUUUGUCGUACGAUGAUACAAGAGCGCAGAUGACCCAAUUUUGACCAUGGUUCGGGUCCCGCUGUUCUUUCUGGCUGCAGUUGUGUUGUGUUAGUUUGACUUGGCUUCAGUAAGCACAAUUAUGAAAUUUGGCUUGGCUUAAUUGUCUUGAUCUGUGAUCACUCUGUUGCUGUUAA